UUUCUUUUGAAUGUGUGUUGCAAACCGAAGUGAAGUUUAAAGAUAUUUUGCACUAUAACUUGUUUGUUUGAAUAUGCACGUAGUCGUACGUAAUGUUGAGAUUAAGAAAUUGUAGCCAAACACUUUUAUUUUCCACGUACCAUUUAUCUUAACAUCAUGGCAUGCCUAAAUAACCGAAAGAAAUUGUGUAAAGGCAUUUAAACAAUAAAUAAAUAAAUAAAAAUUGUGUCUCAAAUACAUAAGAAACGAAUGAAAUGACGCCGCCGUGCCAAACAAAUACUGUUGACCUAAAUAUGAACGAAGCAAAAACUGAUUCGCAUUUUACCGCCAUUCAAAACUUUUAUAAUGGAACCAAUGUUUUCAUCACAGGUGGAACAGGUUUUAUGGGAAAAGUUUUAAUUGACAAACUCCUACGCACAUGUCCAGGAAUUGAGAAUAUUUACUUGCUGAUAAGAAAGAAAAAAGGCAAAGACAUACACACACGAAUCGAGGAGUUAUUUGACGAUCCGCUCUUUGAUAAACUCCGCGAAGCUGUUCCGAAAUUUCGUCAUAAAAUCGUGACCAUUUCUGGUGAUUGUUCAAUUGCUGGUUUGGGUUUAUCAUUAACUGAUAGACAAACGCUAAUUUCGAAUAUAAAUGUCAUCUUUCAUGCAGCAGCAACAAUUAAAUUUGAUGAGAAUCUAAAACUUGCAGUUGAUAUUAAUGUGCAUGGCACAAAAGACGUUAUACAGUUGGGAAAGGAGAUGACACAAUUGAAAUGUUUCAUUCAUGUAUCAACCGCAUACUCAAAUUGUCAUCUCGAUACUGUGGAGGAGAAAUUUUACGAUUACUCAAUCGGAUAUGAUCACUUGGAUAAUAUGAUUUCAAAAUUGGACUCGCGUGCAAUUGAAGAAAUAACACCAAAAAUUCUCGAUAAAUGGCCCAAUACAUACACACUUACGAAAGCUCUAGCAGAAGAUUUAGUCAAAAAUGAAUGUGCUGAUAUGCCAGUUGGAGUUUUUCGACCUGCAAUUGUUACCUCAACAUCAAAGGAACCGAUCAAAGGAUGGAUUGACAAUCUUUAUGGACCCACAGGUGUCGUUGCUGGUGCUGGCUCAGGAGUUCUCAGAACUAUGCAUUGCGACAAAAAUAUCAAUGCGAAUAUUGUACCAGUGGAUAUGACGGUGAACGCGUUGAUUGUAUCGGCAUACGAUGUUGCAAAUAAAAAAAUUGAGAAGAGAUCAAGCGAAGCUGAGAAAGAUGUAUGUGACAUUCCAAUCUACAACUAUGUUUCAUCCGUGCAAAAUCCAUUGAAAUGGGGCGAAUUUACAGAGCUAAAUAUGAGAUAUGGGUUUAUAUAUCCAUUUAGUAGUGCAAUAUGGUAUAUUUGCUUUUUUAUGAAUAAGUCUGCAUUUGUGAAUAAGUUGUACACAGUUUUUUUGCAUAUAAUACCGGCAUUGCUGAUAGACUUUAUUAUAAUAUGCAUUGGCAAAAAACCAAGAUUGCUGAAAACUUACAAGAAGAUACACAAAUUUGCAAAUGUCAUUUCAUUUUUCUGUACAAAUGAGUGGACAUUUACAAAUGAUAAUGUUCAAAAGCUUUGGAGUAAUUUAAACAGCGGGGAUAAAGAACUUUUUCCCUUUGAUAUGUCGACAUUAAAAUGGGAUGAAUAUAUUAGUCAUUACAUGAUCGGUAUGCGGAUGUAUUUGUUUAAAGACGACCUUUCCAAUGUAGAUGAAGCGAGGAAGAAAUGGACAAGGCUCUAUUGGAUGCAUCAGACAACAAAAGCUUUUCUUAUAGCUUUACUCAGUUAUAUGCUAUAUUCAGUCUAUAGAAUGAUCAUUUAAUCUACCCUCUAUGUUUGCAUAUAUGCAUAAUAUUUUAUGCUGCAUCGCACAACAACAACAACAACACAUUCAAAUUAAGUCAUAUUUCAAGUUAUUUGAAGAAAUCCAGACCUGGGAGCUUUGGAUAGCUUUAGGGAGGUGAUUCAAGGGUGACUAUGAAUGCUCUUAUGUUUUGCUGUGUUCAUAACUACCCCCAAAAUCCACCCAGUACCCCAAAGACUCCAAGUCUGGGAAAAUAUACAUAAAAAAUGUAUUUUUAUACGUUUGUAAAAAAUGUUCUUUUACCGAAGUUUAAUAAGCUGAGCCAUUUUCUAUAAUAAUAUAAUUUUUUAGAAAGUUUUUUUUUCAUCAUCUCCUCGAAAAAUGGUGUUUGCAAAAUGCCAUAAUAUCAUUAACAGUGCGAAAAAGACGACAACGACGAAUGAGACGAAGAAGAGAUAAAGAUAUAAAUAAGACAAUUGAUUGCGUCGUUGAAUGAGUAAAAUUACGAUUGUAAUUAAACCAUAUAAAUUGGGGUUGUUCCUAAAUGACGUUUAUCUAGAAUUGAUAACCCACCCACAUCACAUGUAUGAAAUGUUUAAUAAUUUAGACUCACUAGACGUAAUUGAUGAACAACCCCCUCAAAAAAUAAAAAAAUGAAAAAAAUAGAAAAAGGCUCAUUUGCUAACUAGUUUAUAAGAUUGGGAUACAUAUUGAAAAAUUUAAUUGU